AUGGCUGGGAGUCACGACACCAUCGUGUUCCCUGGAGACUCGGAAUUUAGACAAAGUGCAGGCCAUUCAGCGACCGCUCUUAGUUCGGCGCGCUCAAUAUCGAUGGACUGCUCGUCUCCCGCAAUCUUGCCCAGCCUUACAGGCCGCAGGAAGUCGAGUCAGACUUUAUUUCGGCCAUCGAGGUAUUGCACAGCAAAAAUGAAGUGGGCAAUUAUGUACUGGCUCCUGCCUCUCGCCUGCAUGGCCCAAAUUCCCGUUGACCCGCUCCCUUACACACCCCUCGGGCCCAAUCCCACCCAGAAGGUGUUUCCCACCACGACCUGGUGCGCAACAGUAACGCCCACCGAGAUUCCUGGUGUAAAGCCCAACGUAACCCUCUCAUGUACAACAUACGCCCCGGAACCGACAGUAUUUGCUCGAUUCAACCGCAUCCCGAGGGCCCGAGGCCAGGCACGAUGCUGGUACGAUAGCUACGUCGACAGGAUCGAGAUCGAAAAGCGCACGCUGAACAACCAGGCCGAAAUUCUCAAGGGUGUCUACGAGUGCCAGGAUAGGUGUCAGCAGCCUCUCUCGAACGGCAAAGAGUGCAAGUAUGCCGUCUACGUCAAAGCAGGCCCUAGAUCGAAAGACCUUUGCUUGUUGGACAAUCUGGUUUACGAACCGUUAGCUGUUAAUUACCGUGGCCCGUUUGAUUCUUGGCUCUGCAUUGGCAGCGAGAAGAUGCUGCCCGAAAUUGAAGAUGCUCCAGAUACGAAUGAGGGGGAGAUAUAA